CCGCGCGAUUGUCAUACAUUAGUGCCAGACAUGGCGGCGGAGCUACAACCCGAGUGGAUUUCUGCUCUCCCGUCUUCCUGGAGUUAUGGGGUUACUCGGGAUGGACGGGUCUUCUUCAUUAACGAAGAAGCCAAGAGUACAACCUGGCUGCAUCCAGUGAGCGGCGAAGCAGUUUUAACUGGACACAGAAAAACUCCAGAUCUACCCACUGGAUGGGAAGAAGGAUUUACCUUUGAGGGAGCACGAUGCUUUAUCAACCACAAUGAGCGGAAGGUGACCUGUAAACAUCCCGUCUCAGGCUUACCCUCACAAGACAACUGCAUCUUUGUGGUCAGCGAACAAUCUGCCUCCAAAGUGUCGGCGAAUGAGAAGAAGGAACGGCCAAUAAGCACCAUGAGCGAGGCCUCAAACUACACAGGCAGCUCAGACUGCCCUGCAAACACCACCAGUCCAGCAGGAAGGCCUUCGAGACCUUCUAAAAAGAUUCAUAACUUUGGUAAGCGAUCCAACUCCAUCAGGAGGAAUCCCACUGCUCCUGUGAUCAAGAGAAACUGGCUUUACAAACAGGACAGCACAGGCAUGAAGCUGUGGAAGAAAAGGUGGUUUGUCCUGUCUGACCUGUGCCUCUUUUACUACAGAGAUGAAAAAGAGGAAGGGAUACUUGGCAGCAUCCUCCUACCAAGUUUUCGUAUAUCAAUGUUGUCUGUUGAUGAUCACAUUAAUAGAAAAUAUGCUUUCAAGGCCACACAUCCCAACAUGCGGACGUACUAUUUUUGCACAGACACAGCCAAAGAGAUGGAAUCUUGGAUGAAAGUCAUGACAGACGCUGCACUCGUGCAUUCAGAGCCAGUCAAAAGGUUGGACAAGCUAAAAGUAGAGGACUGUGGACCACAAGAGACCAACCAUGUUGCCAACCACAAGCUGCCUCUCACACAGCCUGAAAUCCAGAACAACGAACGCAACCGAGAGGCUGACAGUGAACGCAACACAGCAGUCACCUCCACCACAGAAGAAGAGGAAAGGAAGCAGCGCGACGCCGAGCGCUAUGGCUUCCAGAAGGAUGGGGUGGAGCGUGAACGUCCACUCACCAAGAUCAACAGUAUCAAACUGCAGCCAGCACAGGCGGCAACCAUCAAGGCUAACGUUACCUCGCCGCAGCCUCAGACUGAGACAGACAGGUCGAACUAUAGCCCGCAGGUGAACGGUUCAGGAGAGCAGUGUCCAGCUGAUCGGACUGCAGUCCCUGCCCACCAAAGUCCCACCCAGGAGCCAGACCGCACCCUGAGUAGGACCAGCUCUAUGCAGCAGCUGGAGCAGUGGGUUCGUGCACAGAGAGGACGUAACCAGGAUGAUGAUACCAGGAGCAUCACAUCAUACCAGACACUGCCUCGAAAUAUGCCCAGCCAUCGGGCACCUUACAUGUCUCAUUAUGGAGAUGGCUACCGCAGUAUGCCCAGGAAUAGCAUGGCACAGCGGGACAGCAUCUGCAGCAUGUCACCAUCAUUGUACGACCAGGCCCUCGGUCCGUCUGCGGCCGAGAAGCGCCGCUCCAUGCGAGACGACACCAUGUGGCAGUUGUACGAGUGGCAGCAGAGACAGGCCUACACCAGGCAGUCAGGGCUGUACAGCAACAUUCCCAGUCCCAAAACCAUGAUCAACUUGUCAGAGCAUGCUGCCCCGAGCCAUUCCAUCCCCCCGUCACCCUCCCAUGGCUCCUUGUCCAUGUACGGCGGCUACUCUCCGAUGCGAUCUUACAACAUGGCCAGUGCUCGUUCAGAGGUUUCUUCUCCCAUCUACAGACGGGACAUGAGCAUCGACAGACGGAACAGGCCACAAAUCAACAAGUACGCCUACACACCUGAUAGGAGAUCCAUGCCUGCAGGGAUCCCAAUUCAAACUAUCACUGCCCAGUCUCUCCAAGGCAAAACUCCAGAGGAACUGACUUUGCUGCUGAUAAAGCUGCGACGGCAGCAGGCAGAGCUAAACAGUAUCCGGGAGCACACUGUAGCACAGCUUAUGCAACUAAACAUGGAUGGCAACAACCCAAAGAACGACAUUCUCUCCCAUCACCUCCAAAGGAACCUCAUGUAUUUGGACAAUCAGAUGAAGGAAAAUGAGCCUUUAAUCGUCAUGACUCACACUUUGAUUGAGAACUCUGCCCCAAGGCCUCAUCUUUACCAGCAAUUGAGUCCAGAAGACUACAGGGAGCAAGCCUAUACAAGUAUGCCAGAGGAAGUGGAUACUGAUACUAAACUUAGCAGAUUGUGUGAGCAAGAUAAAUUGGUGAGAACUCAGGAGGACAAACUCCAGCAGCUGUACAGAGAGAAGCACACCCUGGAGACAGCACUUCUGUCAGCCAGCCAGGAGAUAGAGCUGGGCUCUGACAACCCAGCAGCCAUGCAGAGUGUCAUCCAGCAGAGAGACUUGCUGCAGAGCGGCCUCCUCAGCACCUGCAGAGAGCUUUCUAGAGUCACAGGUGAGCUGGAGCGGUCGUGGAGGGAGUAUGACAAAUUGGAAGGAGAUGUGACUUUAGCUAAGAGCAACCUGCUGGAGCAGCUAGAAGCACUGGGAAGCCCACAGACGGAGCCUCCAAGUCAGCAGCAUGUCCACAUACAGAAAGAGCUGUGGAGGAUUCAAGAUGUGAUGGAGGCCCUCAAUAAAAACAAAGCUCAGAGAAACGCUGUUGAUGGCAUGGGUUUAUAUGGACCUAAGACAGGCUUCAGUAAGCACAAAAAUGAGGAGGAAGACUCUGUACCCCCAAGGCCACCCCUACCCCAAUCCUACGAGCCUAACCCCCCCAUCGUGCCCCCUCUGCCCCCUCAUGCUGGUGUGCACCACUCGUCACUUCCCAGGCCAGAGGACAGGAAGGCCAAUCACAGGAAUAGCACGCACAGCGCUCCUGACUACAGGCUAUAUAAGAGUGAACCAGAGCUCACCACGGUGACCGAGGUGGAUGAGAGCAACGGAGAGGACAGAUCUGAAAAUCCAUCUGAUCGGGAACACGCUGGAAACAAAGGCAUGUCCUACCCGGUUGGCAUCGUCCCACCCAGAACCAAAUCUCCUGUGCCGGCUUCUUCCUCCAUAGCAUCCUAUGUAACUUUAAGAAAGAGCAAGAAGCCUGACCCCAGGACGGAGCGUCCACACAGCGCAGUGGAGCAGCAGUUGUGUGCUGUGGAGGGCAACCGGCCCAGGAUGAGUGUAGAGGAGCAGCUGGAGAGGAUCCGUCGCCACCAGCAGGGCGCCCUCAGAGGAAAGAAGAAAGGUCUUGGCGGCCGGGGAAGCAGCCAAGAAAACACACCCAUCCGAAGUCACUCAUUUACUAAAGACAAUCAUUUCCGCAGCAUGCAGUCCCAAAUGAGGCGCAGGGAUGAGGUGAUGAGCAGUGACAUUCUGGAGUUGGAGGCUUCUCUCCGGCAGCAGGAGGUGGUGAGGGAGCAGGUGACGCCUGCAGAGGAGAUCGCCCGUCUCAAAGAAUCCUUGCAGGCCGAUCAUUUUAAUGUGGACCGAGAGCUCUCUGUGCCUGACAAAGUGCUGAUUCCUGAGCGUUACAUUGAAUCAGACCCAGAGGAAGCUCUGAGUCCUGAGCAAGAGGCUGAUAAGCAGAAGAAAGUUGAUCGCAUCAAAGCCUUGAUAGCCAAAAACAGCAUGCAGAAUGUGCUACCUAGUUUGGCUCUAAGCCCAGAGGAAGAGAAUGAAGUGGAGGUUACUGUACAGGAGAAAGAGAAGAUGAUUAAUAUCUCCUAUGAGCUGGCAGCAGAAGCUUCCAAACGCAGCAAGCUGGUUGCAGUGAAAAGCCUGUCGUUCUCUUCCUCACCCCUUCCACAGUCUUCCAACACACCCCCUCCGCUCACUGACGGCUCUCACUUCAUGUGUGUGUAGUAGCACCACUCAGGCUCUGGCCUCAGUGAAGACCUAGACAUGAAGGAAAUAGCAGUGGAGGUAUAAAGCAGCUCCUGAGGACGUCCCUACAGGAGACCAGCACAAGGCUCAGGCCUACAGUGUGAAACUGCCUGCUUCAUCCUCACAGGGCCUAACCUCUGACUUCUGUUCGCUCACUGUGACGUCUAAAGCUCGAAUGCCCCUAACAAUUCUUCAUUUUGAGACAUUUCUCCUUUCUUGCCUCACUUUGAGAUGCGACUCUUUCCUCUACCUGUCACGCUUAUACUGGUGCAGAUUCAUUUUCAGUUUUUACAACGUUUUUAGGUUUGUUUUAAAUAUUUACAUGCUUUUAUUGGGUUCUUCUUGGAAUGUGGGCCGAUGUAAAUCUGUAUAUGCAGGAGGCUAACAGACUGAGCUCUGUUGUGAGUCUAAUGGACUGUGACAAUAUUUUAGGCCAAGCCACAUUUUCCACUCAUAAUUCACCACCUGUUCAAAAAAAGUUUCAAGAUUGUUUCUGCAUUCUUUUAGUUCUGUUAAAUCUUCACUAAGCUGCUUUUUCAGAUAUCGCUCAUUAGCUAACAGAUCAUAUUUAUCCAUUUAUUGUAAAGAAAUUAAUAAGAAAUAUAGAUCCCUCCAUUAUAAUACAAGGAGGAGCCACUUUAGUGAUACAGACAAAGAUUAUUUGUAAUUUCCCAAGUUCCUGGGUUUUAAUUAUUUAAAGAUGGGGUUUUCAGUCCUUGGCACAUUGUUGCCAAUGCAUAUGUGAAUGUUCUGACUUAAGUCACUCUUCACUGUCCUUGUUUUUAUGGCUGAGAGAUAUAUUUAAAAUAAGGGAAGGAAGAUAAGUCAGCUCGAUUCUCUUUUAUGACAUGUUGGUUUGAAGCCCUGGAGCUAAAAUAAAUAAAAGGAUUAGCAUGUGUACAAAGCAAUAAAAAUUAAGCCUUUGUGAAUCCAAGAUAUUUUUUUGUGUGCGUGUGUACAAAGUGUAAUUAUCAGAGGUUUACUGUGUAUAUAAUGUACAUGGUACAUCUAGAUGGGAGGAUAUGUCCAGCAUAUGGUUACAUACCAUAUUUGAUUUGCAGAUGUUCACGUCCCAUCUGUUUUAUAACAUGUUAAAUAAAUAUUGCUGUUCUUAA